AAAACGGAUGUAUGUUUGGAGCAACAGUCACAGAGGAAGGGAAGAUCUUAAGUUUUACGCUGUGUGACAACGGAGAGUUCAUUCCUCUGGAGACUAUUGGAUUAAAAGCGGUAAGAGUGAAAUCAAUGGGCCACUGCUGACCAGGAGUGGUGGGAGCGCUGGCCCACAGCCGUGGAGCGAGUCCAGCUCGGCAGGAGGGCCCCGCUGGGGUAGUCAUGGAGAUGGAGCGGUACCAGUGGGAGAGCUCGGACGCGCCCCCCAACGCCACAAACUGCACCGACGCGCCGGCGGGGGGGGGAGUGUUUCGCGUCCCCAUGGUGACCGAGCGGCUGGUGGUGGUGGUCCUCCUCGGGGUCUUGACCCUGCUCACGGCGCUGGUCAACAUCGGGGUGAUCGCGGCCAUCUGCACGACCAAGAAGCUCCACCUGCCGGCCAACUACCUCAUCUGCUCGCUGGCCGUCACCGACUUCCUGGUGGCCCUCCUGGUGAUGCCCGUCAGCGUGGUCUACAUCACCAUGGAGACGUGGACGCUGGGCCAGGCGGUGUGCGAGGUGUGGCUGAGCGUGGACAUGACCUGCUGCACGUCCUCCAUCCUGCACCUGUGCGUCAUCGCGCUGGACCGCUUCUGGGCCAUCACCAAGGCCAUCGAGUACGCGCGCAAGCGGACGGCGCGGCGGGCCGCCGCCAUGGUGGCGGCGGUGUGGGUCAUCUCCGUCUUCAUCUCCGUGCCGCCCCUGUUCUGGCGCCACCGCCACCAGGCCACCGUGGCCACCCAGUGCAUCAUCGAGCACGACCACGUGGGCUACACCAUCUACUCCACCCUGGGGGCCUUCUACAUCCCCAUGACGCUCAUCCUCAUCCUCUACUACCGCAUCUACAGCGCCGCCAAGACGCUGUACCAGAAGCGCGGCUCCUCGCGCCACCUCAGCAGCCGCAGCACGGACAGCCAGCACUCGCUGGGCCAGUGCCGCGUGGUGCACACCCUCUGCGUGUCCGACCUGUCCACGUCGGACCCCGCCAUGGAGUUCGACCGCUUCAACGUCACCAUCCGCAUCCCGUCCUUCGAGACCGACCUGGACGCGGCGGGCGAGAGGAACCAGAUCUGCACCCUGCGGGAGCGGAAGGCGGCCCGGAUCCUGGGGCUCAUCCUCGGGGCCUUCAUCCUCUGCUGGCUGCCCUUCUUCGUCAAGGAGGUCCUGGUGGGCCUGGGGCUGCUCAGCCCCUCCCGUCAGGUCUCGGACUUCCUCACCUGGCUGGGCUACAUCAACUCACUCAUCAACCCUCUUCUUUACACCAGCUUCAACGAAGACUUUAAGCUGGCUUUUAAGAAGCUGGUCAGGCGUAAAGGGCACGCAUAAGGCGUUUUGCAGACGUCUGUAGCAGUUAGCUGAUAGAGUAAAGGCUUUGAUUACAGGCUCGUAUCCCAGGGAGUAAGCGCAGAUUUUUUGCAGAUGCAAAUUAUGAUGUUUGUUUUUCAAAAAGUAUGCCUUCGUUGUUCUACGACUGCACUGAAUGAAGGGAUUUACAUAAUGGCAACAUGUGCUGCACCCUAGAAGGCACAUUUAGCUUUGCUCUGUAAAAUGACAUUCUGGACACUGUUGGAUAUAAAACAAUUUCCUUAGAGUGGGUGGUGUGGGACCUAAUUUUGUUUGUAAUGAAGCUCACAGAUGCAAGAGAGCAUAAUUGUGUCCGAAGAUGCAAUGUACGACUAAACAAACUACACACCAAUGUUUUGGCUUACACCAAGACUCUAUUGUCAUUACAGGAGAUUUUAUAUUAAAACAUGUACAAAAGAAGUCUGAAUCACCUAAGUAUGAUAAAUGAGUCCAAUAACUAGUGAAUGGAAGGCGGUCACAGCCUGCCAGAC